AUGGAGAUCCGAAAUCGUUACCCUCAUCUCAAAGACGUAAAAUUGGUUGAUGUUGGAGAACCAACCAUCCUUAUUGGAGCGGGAAACCAAUGGCUGCACUUACGUCUCGAUGAAAGACUACCUCCUGUUGGAACCGACGCUCUCUUUGGUUUAUUGACGCCAUUUGGUUGGACUUGCGUUGGCGAUCUAACAUUAGGGACGCAGCAGCAUGAUUCAACGGUUUGUCGUUCAAACAAACCACUGAUGACGGUGCAAAAACUCUGCUACCUUGUACAAGAAUCACCGAAGGAAGCACUACUUUUACGUCAAGUCGAGAAAUUGUGGGAAACGGAAAGCUUUCCAAUUGUAACUCCGGCUCAACCGCUAGAAUCAACCGAGGAUAAACUAGCGAGGAAGAAACUCGAUGCAACUAUUCAAUUCGACGGAGCCAGGUAUGAAGUAGGUCUACCAUGGGUUUCAGAUGCUAUCGCAUUACCCGACAAUUACAAUAGUGCAUUGCGUCGACUUUUCUCUAUCGAAAACAAAUUCGUUCACAAUUCUAAUUUUGCUGAGAGAUACAAAGCCGUAAUCGAUGACUAUGUGGCAAAGGGAUUCGUGCGGCCUCUCAAGGAAAGUGAAUUGAAGGGCACCUUUGGGAGAAAUUGGUACCUUCCCCAUCAUGGAGUCGUAAAUCCUCGAAAACCCGAAAAGGUUAGGGUGGUCUUCGACGCUUCGGCCAAGUACCAAGGAAUUGCACUUAACGAAGUUCUGGUAAAGGGUCCCAACCUUAUCAACGAUAUAGGUGCUACCCUUCUACUCCUUAGAGAAAAGCCGGUGUCCCUAUCUGGGGAUAUUCAGUUAAUGUUUCUUCAAGUUGGCGUGAAGAAAGAAGACCGUUCCGCUCUACGAUUCCUGUGGCGUACACCUGGUUCUCGAAAAAGACCCACCGUAUAUGAAAUGCAGCGGCAAAUCUUUGGAUCGGUUUCAUCCCCUUUUAUCUGCUCCCAAGUGCUUCGACAUAUUGCUGACCUACAUCGUGAAGAAUUUCCUGAAGCCGCUGAACGAGUCUACAAGAGCUUCUAUGUAGAUAACCUUCUGAAUUCUUUUUACACCGAAGAGGAGGCUAGUCGAGCGAUUAAAGACUCAAAAGCAUUGUUGAAAAGGGGAGGAUUUCAUCUGAACCAAUGGCUCUCUUCAUCUCGACGGGUACUGUCUCGUGUUCCAGAAGGUGAUCGUAAUCAACCUCGCCUGAAUUUGGAUCUAGAAGAUUUACCUACGGAGAGAACCUUAGGCGUUUUAUAUGACAGCGAAAACGACAGCUUCAUUUUUAAUGUUAAAACCGACGUCGAAGCGAGCACUAAGCGUCGGAUCUUGAGUGCAUUGUCCACCUUGUAUGACCCACUGGGGUUCUUAACACCAGUGAUCCUAAGCGCCAAAAGAAUUCUACAAGAAUUGUGGCUUGUCGGUGUUUACUGGGAUGACCAAGUUCCCGAACUAAUUCAACACCAGUGGAACAAAUGGACGACUAAUCUUAGCCAGCUCGAAGCAUUCAAGGUACCGCGAGCGUUAACUUCGUCCAGUGACAUCCAAGACAUUCAGCUGCAUGCCUUUUGCGAUGCAUCCACCGUCGGGUUUGGCUCUGUAGUAUACCUACGAAUAGUCUACCACAAUAAUAUCGUCGCCGUAAAUUUCGUUACGUCAAAUUCCCGCGUGGCACCCCUUCGUCCGCUGACUGUUCCGAAAUUAGAACUCCAAGGAGCAGUUGUGGCACUAUGCCUUGUGAAGUUCGUCCAAUCGAUCCUGCGUAUUCCAAUCAAUCAAAUCAUCUAUUGGUCUGAUUCUAAAACUGUCCUUUAG